AUGGCAAAACAGGCUCAGUUGCCCACGAUGCUACUAUUGUGGCUUGUCCAUGCCACGUUAGUUUUGGCUGUCGGAGUUCCCUACUCUGCCAGGGCCAACUCCUUAGAUGCCCUCAAGGACUGUCUGCUUAAUGCUGUCGGUGGGAGCAUAGCUGAAGUAAAGUUCUCGAGUGAUGAUGACUUUCAGUCUAGCCAUGUUCGGCCUUACAAUCUCAACUUUCCAUGGGCUCCCUUUGCAAUCACCUACCCAACAGAGGCUUCCAACGUUGCCAAAAUUGUUACCUGUGCCUCCAAACAUGAUCGCAGAGUACAGGCUAGAAGCGGCGGACAUGACUAUACGAACAAAUGUGAGUAUCUUAAGAAGAUAUAUGGUGGUACGAGGCUGACUGGAACAGGUAUUGGUGCGGGAGAUGACGCAUUAAUCAUUGAUGUGAAGAAUCUCAAUCAGGUUCAAGUGAAUUCGGCGGGUAUUGCCACGGUUGGCGCCGGCAACCGCCUCAAAGACGUCUGCGAGAAGCUUCAUGUCAAUGGAAAGAGAUAUAUGCCUCAUGGUUCUUCUCCAACCGUGGGAAUCGGGGGCCAUGCCACAGUCGGCGGUCUUGGACUUCACAGUCGUCUCCUAGGCACCUCGAUUGAUGUUAUGACUGGCGCUGAGGUCGUUCUAGCGAAUGGAACCACCGUACAUGCUUCUGAGAAAGAGCACUCGGACCUGUUCUGGGCGAUCCGAGGCGCCGGUGCAAGCUUUGGCAUCGUGACGAGCUUCGACUUCCAAACCAAACCUGAGCCCGAUAAUGUCGUCAACUUCUCCUACACUAUCUCCUCCACAAGUUCGGCGAACUUGUCUGCUGCUUUCAAGGCCUACCACCGAAUCACUAUCGACCGAAACCUUGAUCGUCGGUUGUCAUCUGUGGCAGUUAUCAGCAAAGAUACACUUCUGAUUAGCGGCGUUUUCUUCGGGUCAAAGUCAGAUUAUGCAGGCGUUGACUUCGGCUCCCAGAUUCCCGGUAUUACCAACCGAACUUUGAAAACCGACUUGACCUGGAUGGGACACAUGGAUGCCACAUUCAAGAGCAUUUCGGAUUUAUUUCCUGACCAGUCCUACUUCUACGCCAAGGAUACUGCCGUUACCUACUCCACCCUCCCGAGCAACUCGACCAUUGACGCCGUAUUCGAGCAUCUCCAGACUGCCAAGCCCGGCACUGACACCUGGUUCGUCCUGAUUGAUCUGUACGGAGGCGCUGCGAACGAUGCGGCUGCCGACGCCACAUCGUAUCCUCAUCGCGACCUAGCCUACUUCUUCGCCUUGUACGCGAGAAGUGGCUCUGAGACGACUAGCACCAUCCAUGACUUUGUCGAAAAGGCUGUUCUCACUUACCAGGACAACAAGCCGGAAAAGUUCUUGUCCUACGCAGGCUACACCAAUUUGCGGAUCAAGGGUAGCCCCCAGAAACAGUAUUGGGGUGCUAAUCUCUCUCGGCUGGAAGGUAUCAAGGCGGUGGUUGACCGCGAAGAUGUAUUCUCGACUCCUCAGGGAGUGAAGCCACGUGAGUAG